AUGGACGAGCACCUCAGCCUCCUGCGCUCGCCGCCGCAGCCCUCGGCCCGCCACCGCGCCCACCCUCCCCAGGACCCCGCGAGCCGCGGCGGCGGCGGCGCCCACACCCUGGUGAACCCCGGCUACGCCGAGCCCGCCGCAGACCCCGAGCUGCCUCCCGACAUGACGGUGGUGCCCGGGGACCACCUGCUGGAGCCCGAGGCGGCCGACGGCGGAGGGGGCCCGCCUCAGGGCGGCGGCGGCGGCGGCGGCUGUGACCGUGACCGCUACGAGCCGCUGCCGGCCGCCGGGGAGCAGGAGUGCUGCGGGGAGCGCGUGGUCAUCAACAUCUCGGGGCUGCGCUUCGAGACGCAGCUCAAGACCCUCUGCCAGUUCCCAGAGACGCUUCUGGGCGACCCCAAGCGGCGCAUGCGGUACUUCGACCCGCUCCGCAACGAGUACUUCUUCGACCGCAACCGGCCCAGCUUCGACGCCAUCCUCUACUACUAUCAGUCCGGGGGCCGCAUCCGCCGGCCGGUCAACGUGCCCAUCGACAUCUUCUCCGAGGAGAUCCGCUUCUACCAGCUGGGCGAGGAGGCCAUGGAGAAGUUCCGCGAGGACGAGGGCUUCCUGCGGGAGGAGGAGCGGCCGCUGCCCCGCCGCGACUUCCAGCGCCAGGUGUGGCUGCUCUUCGAGUACCCCGAGAGCUCCGGGCCGGCCCGGGGCAUCGCCAUCGUGUCCGUGCUCGUCAUCCUCAUCUCCAUCGUCAUCUUCUGCCUGGAGACGCUGCCCGAGUUUCGCGACGAGAAGGACUACCCGGCCGCGCCGUCGCAGGACGUGGUGGAGGCGGCCGGCAACGGCACGUCGGGGGCCCCCGCCGGAGCCUCCAGCUUCUCCGACCCCUUCUUCGUGGUGGAGACCCUGUGCAUCAUCUGGUUCUCCUUCGAGCUGCUGGUGCGCUUCUUCGCUUGUCCCAGCAAAGCCACCUUCUCGCGAAACAUCAUGAACCUGAUCGACAUCGUGGCCAUCAUUCCCUACUUCAUCACCCUGGGCACCGAGCUGGCCGAGCGACAGGGCAACGGACAGCAGGCCAUGUCCCUGGCCAUCCUGAGGGUCAUCCGCCUGGUGAGGGUCUUCCGUAUCUUCAAGCUGUCCCGUCACUCCAAGGGGCUGCAGAUCCUGGGGCAGACGCUGAAGGCUUCCAUGCGGGAGUUGGGGCUGCUCAUCUUCUUCCUCUUCAUCGGGGUCAUCCUCUUCUCCAGCGCCGUCUACUUUGCCGAGGCGGACGACCCCACUUCUGGCUUUAGCAGUAUCCCGGAUGCCUUCUGGUGGGCAGUGGUGACCAUGACAACAGUCGGCUACGGCGAUAUGCACCCUGUGACCAUAGGGGGCAAGAUUGUGGGCUCUCUCUGUGCCAUCGCCGGGGUUUUGACCAUUGCAUUGCCCGUUCCUGUGAUUGUUUCCAACUUCAAUUACUUCUACCACCGGGAGACAGAAGGAGAAGAGCAAGCCCAGUACAUGCACGUGGGAAGUUGCCAGCACCUCUCCUCUUCAGCCGAGGAGCUCCGAAAAGCAAGGAGUAACUCGACUCUGAGUAAGUCGGAGUACAUGGUGAUCGAAGAGGGGGGUAUGAACCAUAGUGCUUUCCCCCAGACCCCUUUCAAAACGGGCAACUCCACUGCCACUUGCACCACGAACAAUAACCCCAACUCCUGUGUCAACAUCAAAAAGAUAUUCACCGAUGUUUAA